ACUAAUUAUUGGAUAGACGCAAUCCAUACUUAUGUGCAACAGCAAAACAUGAGUGAAGAUGGGGUAUCGUCCCCCCGAAUAAUCAUUGCUUGCACGCAUAAAGACAAAUACCUGGAAAAUGUUCCCAAAGAAAAGCAUGAAGAAGAAAUAAAUGCAUACUUUGAUAAAUUGCGGCAGCAUAUACAACAGAAGAGAAGUGGUGUGCAUGUUGAUCCUCGUUUCUUUGCAAUUGACAACACAUGUCAAGAUGAAGAUCAAGAAAUAUCUGAUCUCCGUCAAUAUGUUAUGAAAAUUGCUGAAAGCCAAAAAUCUUGGGGAGAGAAGAAUCCAAUAAGAUGGAUUAGAUUAGAAGAAGAUCUUCAGCUGCGACGAGCACCUGAGAAACGAGGAAAAAGGUGGAUAAGGUAUGAGGAGCUGCAAAAUUUAGCUCUUAAAGUUGGAAUGCAGGAUGCCAUUGAGCUGAAGUCAUUCCUCCAGUUCCAUCAUGACAUUGGAGAUCUUAUGCACUUUCAGACUGAUGAUCUUUCAGACACUGUCAUUUUGAAUCCAACAUGGCUGAUAGACGCAUUCAGGUCUAUUAUAGCAGUUGAUAAACACCAUGUCAAAGCCAAAGGGACUCCGUAUUGGUCUGCAUUAAAGAGGGGCAUCUUAGAUGAAAGACUUUUGGAUGAGCUAUGGGGAGAUGACAGUGAGUUGAAGUCCAUUGUAAUUGGUGUUAUGGUACAAUUCAACAUUCUGUUGGAACAGGAUGUCAAGCCAGGUACAACAGAAAAGCCUACUUCUCGACAGUUCUAUGUGCCCAGCUUACUUCAGGUAUGCAAGAAUCCAGAAUCUGGGGUUGGCAGUGAAGGAACACUAUUCAUACAAGGGAAAGAGAACUUUAUGCCACAUGCGCUUUUCAACCGGCUUACAGUGAAGUUAGUCCAAAAUGGCACAUCUUCAGGUAGAAAAGGAUUAAGAAGAAGAGGUGACUUUUUUCUCUUUCAAAAUGAGUUGUACUACGAUUAUGCUGUAUAUGUAAUCGAUCCACUCAGAAGAGCUCGUUGUGCUUUGAGAAAGUCACCAAAAUCCUCUACCAUCGAACUGAUUCCCUUAUAUCCCCCAACGACAAAGUUUGACAGAACAUUCAGAGGGGCAUAUGCUAAGUGGAAGAACCAUGUUUCGAUGCAAAUUCAGCAAGUUAAGCAGACAAUCUGCCCACAUUUACAUCUAGAAUGGUGUGUCAGAAAUCCAAGAAAGCCAAAGGUCAGAGAUGAGCUGAUGGCAAUAGAUCCGAAGGAGACUGAUCACACACAAUGUGGGCUACCUGAGGAUUCAGUGUACAGACUAUGGUUUUUGCCAGGCUCAAGUGAGAAGGUUGUAUAUGAAGAUUGUUGUCACAUACAGCUGACAGCACCCUACAUUCCUGGUUUCCUAGCUUUCCGUGAGGUGCCUUUCCUAGUGGAAAGCUUUGAGAGACUUAAGAAGAAAAAUCCGGAACUUAUGCCUCAGGUUGUUUUAGUUGAUGGUAAUGGCAUCCUUCAUCCAAAAGAGUUUGGACUUGCUUGUCACCUGGGUAUCAUAUUGGACAUACCCACAGUGGGUGUGGCAAAGAAACUCUUUCAGGUGGAUGGCCUGGAAAAGAAUGCAGAACAUGCUGACAAGGUGAAGCAACUGACAAAAGGAGGUGAUACAUUCCCACUUAUUGGUGCUUCUGGCAGGAUUUUAGGAAAGGCUCUUCGAAGUUCUGACAACACAGAAAAUCCUGUAUAUGUCUCAAUUGGUCACAAAAUUUCUCUGGAAACUGCGAUAUGUCUUGUUCAUCAGUGCUGCAAGUAUAGGAUACCUGAACCAAUAAGACAGGCAGACAUCAAAUCUAGAGAAUACUUGCGUCAGCUGUUUCCAGAACAAAAUAGCCAAGCUGAAAAGACAUAAGAGAUAGGUCUCUAAAUUAAAGCAGACAAGAGAUACAGCCGGAGAUAUGAGGUGGAGACAGGAACGAUCGUUCACUGUUCGCAUAAUUUUUGCAAGUAUUUUGGACAGUAACCAGUUACAUCGCGAAAGCCAGUAGGCGACCGAUGAAUGGUGGUGGAGACCUAGAGCAACGGCUUGGCAGACCAUCGAGUUCCGUUGGAAAACACCUUGCAUCCCCAGGGCCGUCAGGACGAUAUCCUGUGAUCUGUUGUGCAGCUGGGCCUAAAUUUGUUCUCCAAACGAUUGCAAGCCCGGCGUUAAUGCUGUAAAUGGGGUCCUGACCGAGAAGUGCUACAUUAAUUUACCGAAUUAGUGUAGAAAGACACAGCUACAAAAAAUCAUUACUGACACCUGUGUCGACUGAUUUCGCCUGCGAGUUACUCAAAGUGUUAUCAGUAAAGGAAAAAGAAGGCAAAGCAACUCUCUGGUUUAUCAGAAAGAUCAUUAAGCUAGUAAAAUUACUUACGACAAAGUCCGUUACGAUAUGUAUAACGGUAGAUACGAAAUUAAAUUGGCUAUUAUUCGUAGAUGAUGUUGCAACAAAGCAAAGUCAGACUGAACUUUUGACGUAUAUGUAAGUUUACUACGGCAUGAAAAAGAGAUAAAUACUCUGUUGUAUAAUCAUUUCAAAUAUAUGUAUGUAUAAAAAGUCUUGUCUACAUAACGGACAACAAAGAAGGAAUGCACGGAACAUAUAUAUAUACCGCAUAGCACAACACCAAUGGCCAAACUUCGGGAAAGUCGGGAUACAGACGUUGGGAGGAAUUUGGUAGAAUGGAGGCGUUUGCCAGUGGUCCAACAUGGAGGCGACCUCGACCGUGCCGACAAUAUUGCCACACUGUGUGAAACGACGGUGCGGUCACUGAUUGCUCGACUGAUUGCUAUGUCUGGGGAGGAUCGAGCUUGCAUGACCACACCGCCACUGGCAAAUUGUAACUUUCGCAUUAUAUAAAAGACGUGCUCAAUUGUUUCAUUUUAACUACGUCAUUUCUAUU